AUGCGCUCCGCCUUCGCCCUCGCCCUUGCCCUCGGGGCGAGCGCCUCCCCGGCAACAACGUCCACACCCGCGCCGCCCACGCCCACGCCCACCGCGCCAAAGGAAUGCGCCGUCACCAACACGCAGACCUGGUAUGGGGGCCAGUGCGACGGCUGCCGGUACGAGCCGGACCCCAACGCUUGCGUCGCAGAUGACAUCCUCACGUUGCCGUGUGGGUGUACCAGGGCGACCGACGUGGAGGCUGUGACUACGACGGUUUGCGCGGCGACCCCUGGCGCGCACAAUUGCCGGACCGGGUAUAUGUAUACUACUACUAGGCCGGGGUGCUAG